AAACAAUCGUCUGCAGUGAGAGUAGUAGCGCGCGGGUGUGGAGUGUUGUGUGGUGGGUAAUUCAUCAACAGUGACAAUUGUGAUGGUGUAGUGGACAGGGGAAUAGUGCCACCUUGCGUAUAAGGGUACCUCGGAGGCUGUGGCAGCAAAGGAGAGUGACCGUGGGAGCGGUAUGUCGUCUCACUCUCCUGACGACACCGAGGACUUCCCCGGCAGACUACUCCACCAGGCUGCACUGUGGGACAACGCUGAGCUGCUUGAGGACCUACUGAAUGGAGACCAGCUUGGACACCUCGACUGCCGGGAUGCGUGGGGCAGGACACCUCUUCACGCCGCCGCCACCACGGAAAACUCCCGCUGCCUCAGGAUACUUCUGCAGGCGGGGGCGGACGUCAACCUCGCCUCCGGACCACGUGCUGAGGGCAGGACGUGCCUCCACCUCGCCUCAGAGCACGGAGCCGUUGAGAAUAUUCGCCUCCUGCUGGACCACGGCGCCGAUCUGCUUGCCAAGGACGCGAAUGGAAUGACAGCACUGGAUUUGGCAGAGCACGGUGACCACGAGCAGUGCAUGACGGUGCUGAAAGGAGCGGCAGGUAAGUGGCGUGACAAGAUGUGAAGGUGUGGUAAGGUAAGAAGGUGUUCCCAGCCCCUCGUCUUCCCUCCUCGUCUCCCUGGCUCACCCUCACGUCACUUUGAUCAAUAGCCAAUAAGAUGCAUUCAAAUUGGUCAUGUGUGAAUUGGUUAGGCAGGUGUGAGGGAGCGAGGAGGCGAGACCAGUGCUUGGGUGAUUGGAACAGCUGGCUGGUGAUGACGUCUGGGUGAGGUAAGUGGAAUAUGCUUUUGAUUAUUCAGGCAGGCAUUGAGGCUGUCAGUUGGUCAGUCAGUCAGUCAGUCAGGCAGUCAGUCAGUCAGUCAGUCAGUCAGUCAGGCAAUCAUUCAGACAGUUUUAUAUUUGUAGCUUUAUUGAUAUUGUGAUUAUUGUUCUGAUUUAAUUUUAUAUGCAAGGAAGGAAAACUGGCCAAGUGCACCGGAAAAAAAUGGGCCCACUUAGUUGCCAGUUCCCUUGCAGGUCUGAGAGAGAGUUAGUUGUAAUUCCUGAUUUUUUCCUUUUUUUCUCUUUUUUUUCUUCUUGUCGCAUUGUUGUAAAAAGAUUUAAAACUUGUGUGUAUAAA